AAAUACACACAAGAUUUGAUAGGGAGAGGCAGAGUUUCGUAAAGAUGGAAAUGCCAUCACCGUCUACUUCCUCAAGAAAGCUGAAGAAAGUCAGGAAUUAUUGGAAUAAUGUGAUGAGCUUGGAAGCAAAGAAGGAUUUUCUGAGUGUCAGGAUAGAAAAAUUCAAGGCAAAAGAAGCGUUGGCAGAGGCUGUGGAAUACGCGAAGGAGAUGAAGAGUUGGAAGUUUUCAACGUGUUGUUGUUGUGGCCAGAGGUUUUCAGAUGAAGAAUUGAAUUUGGAGCAUAUAAAAAGUGCCCAUUUAGGGACUUUGUCUGAGGAGUUACAGUCUGUUGUGCCGAAAAUUGUUCCUAUUUCCGUAAUUCAAAUCGGUGAUUGGAGGCCAGUGAACGUGGUUGAAGCUGCAAAGUUGAUUGAAGAUUUGUCAAGAAAUGACUCUGGAAAUAAAGGCCAAGAUGAACAAGAUUUGAAGCUGAAGAAAUGGCCUAACUGCGACCAUUUCAACCGCAAUAAGUUAGUCACCAGCAUAUGGAUUCUUCUCCAGUUAUUUAUAAAAAUAAAAUGUUUUGCUCCGAGUCAUCUUUAUAUGCUGCUGGACUUGAUAUCGGAAAUGCUCAGGAAACAUCUUCCGGAAAGGUUGAUCAAUCAGCGUUGGAUGAAGACAACGCUGGUCUCAGUUUGGUUUCUUGACGAACUGGAGCUUGAAAGUGUGCAUGAGUUCCUGAUGGAAGAACUCGGGAUUUCUUGUGGAUUAAAAGUUCUCUACAGCUUCAAGAGUAGAAAAGCUAGGCAUGAUCUUACUAUUACUCAUGAGAGAAUCGUCUUCAGAGACGAUGACUUGUCUCAUCUAAUUCCGCUGCUUGAUGAAACCAGUGAACUAGCUUCUAGAAGUGUUGAUGAUAUCAAGAAUGUUGGACAGGCAUAUAGUGAUAACAUUGUUCAGUGGUUAUUCACUGGUGGUGAGCCUAUUGGAGAGAAAUUGAAGGAGUGGGAAAAAUAUAGAGAAGCUAGCAAAAGUCUAGGAAUGGAACUUUUCAAGAUCAUCGAGUCUGAAUUUCACCGGCUGCAGAAUAUGUGUGAGAGGAAAUGCAAGUAUUUGAGACACGAGAAGCUAUGGCUGGAUAUAGAGGGAAUAUGUAUGGAAGAAGAUAAGAGAAGAAAAGAGAUUUCUGGCAAUCAACAGAGUUACAGGUCACUCUUGUUAAAGCGGCAAAAAGAUAUUGAGGAGGAGAAAAGUAUUGAUGAGAUGGCUAGUAUGGAGUUGGAUAUCAUAGAGAGUAUUUUGAAAAAAGCACAAGCUGACAAUGACAUAAAAAUGUUGUUCCAGAUGCACAUUGAUCAGAUGGGUGGGAAGUGUUUCAAAUCCGAUGCUACAAUCCUGGCUACUAAUGCUGCCAUGCAGCAGACAUGGAAUAAACUUAAGAUGGUAACUUCUUAUGACUAUAGAUCGAUUGUGGUGCCAUUGUUAAAGACAUUCAUGCGGACACGACUUGAGGAUGUGGUUUACAACGAUGCUACAGCGAAGUCUAAUGCUGAGAAGAACACUGAAAAUGGCGGUGAUGAUGCAAGACAUGGACAGGGGAAAUCGAAGAAUAAAAAGAAGAAAAAGGAUCACAGAAAGGCUAAGGAAUUUAAGGCAACUGGUGGUAGUGAGGGUCAACAGGAAAAUGUGGAGCAAAAUUUGGUUCCAGCUGCACAUGGCACAGAUCAUCCUCUUAAUUCUGAGGUUGUUGGUUCAGUAACCACUGAUGAAUUAGAGCAAGAGGAAAGGGAACUUACACGUAAGGCUGAGGAAGAGAGUAGGAUUGAGGAGCAUCAAAGAAUGAUUGCAAGGCAAUUGGAGUACCAAAGGCAGAUUGAGAAUGAGGCCAAACAAAAGCACCUUGCUGAGAUUGAUAAGGCUUAA